AGACAUUGAACUAUGCUAAUUAUAUUUUUAUUUCAUGUUUUGAGUUAAGGUACUAAGAAUGGCUGCUCAAUCCAAAAAGAAAAAGAAUCAGAAAGGUUAUGUUGAGGGAACAGGUGAUUCCCCUGUCAAAAAGAAGCAAAAGAGAAUUUCACUUCCUGGUAUAGUUAUUCGAGAACCGAUUUCUGGCCAAGUGAAGGGACCACGUACAAUUCAACAAGAUACAAAUAAGGGAAAAGGAAAAAUAAUUUUAGAUCCCGACUCUGCCAAAGUAAAGAAAUCGCGUACAGUGCAACAAUAUAAAAACAAGAAUCCAGAUCAAAUGAUUGAAGGUGAGUGUUCCAAGGCAGCUGAACGGAAAAAAAAUAAAGGAAAAAGAAUGUUGAGUGAACGUAAAUUUUGUGUAAAAUAUUAUAUUGUGGUUCAUUUUUAA